CUGGGCUGCGUCUUGUGCAUCCUAAACAUGCACAAGCGAGUGGAUAACUAACUUUCUCACAGUUUUGCAGAACAAGACUUUGGACACCACAUUUAUAUAUUUUUUUUCUCUCCAGCGAAAUCAUGUCGGAAAGUUUUGUGAGGAAAACUCAGCCGUUUACAAUUGGGACUAAACUUUCAGCGCCACCCGCGCCGCAGUGCUCGGGCUUUCCAGAUGAUUAUUUGUCCAAUCGGACGUUCACGAACAACUGCCAACUCCGGCACCUGAACGAACAGGUGUCUCUGUAUCUCGGUCGGUCACAGAUGUGCGACAGGCACCCUGGACCUCCAACAAGCCCGGUGAGCCCCGUGAAGCAUCACCUGGAACACCUGAAUAGAAACACGGUUUCUCCAAACGCAGCGUCCAGAUCUAUUCGCAAGAUCACUUUAUCGAGCGGCGCGGAGGCCAGACUGUCUCCAAGCAUGGAGCUGAAGAAAAUUAGCCCGAACUCAGAGAAUAUAAACAACAAUAAUAACAUCACCGCUAACACACAGCUGCCGAAAAUUGUCGGAGUGAGCUGCGAGAAUAAACCCAAGCCACAUUUCAAGGUGUUGCUGUGCAAAGAUGGUGAAAAGCAGUGCAGUGGUGACCAAGAGAAAUUCUCUGCCUCUUUACAGACCCAGUCUUUUAAAACACAAACAACAAGACAUGACGUGCCAAAGUUGGACAGUCCACUCUGUGAGCACAAGGACAUGUGUGUGGCUUCAAAAGCUUCAUCUGUGCAGGAUGAGCACAGUUUCGUCCAACAAAACGCCCUCUUCAACAAAGAGAUGACUCAGGCUGAGGCGUGGAUCAGAGCGAAGUUACGAGACCUGAGAGACGACAGUAAUAUCCAGAGAUGUCCUCUGAUGGACUGGGAUGACGUGUGUCAAACCCUGCAGAGAGAUUUGAAGGACUUUGAGAACAAUGUUAUACAUCUCAACCUGAUGGGCGAGCAGCUAAUGUGCAACCUUAACCCGACCUCUGACCUGGUGAAGAAACAGCUGGCUCAACUUCACGACCAAUGGAGCACGCUUAAACAGACGAUAGCCAUUCAGAUAACGGCGAUGGGCGGAGCUAAGUGUCUCCAGGAGUUUAAUAAGAAGGUGGACCGUCUAGAAGCCUGGAUCCAAGAGAAGGAAGAGGAACAAUCACUGGCCAACAUCCUUGGGGAAAACAUUGACAAGAUGCAGCUGACCAGGAAGAUCCUCGAUUUAAAACAGGAUGAGCAGCUGUAUCGUAAUCUACAUGAGGAGAUCAAUCAUAUGGCCAUCAGACUGGAGAAACAGGGGAGGACAGAGGGAAAGGGCAUCUCGACCCGCAGAAAACAUGUCAACAAAAUGUGGCAGAAGGUGCAAUCUCACUCGAGGGACUAUCAUGAGAAUCUUCUACUCGCUCUGGACGUCUCGUCCUUCAUUCAGCAGGCAGAUAACAUUGUCUGUUCCAUUAGUAACAUGACAAAAGGCCUCUCUCUACCCAAUGGUGUGGAAACAAGCCGAGACGUAGAGAUCCGGGACAUUGCCAGUCAAAUCAUGAUGUUGGAUGUGAACGUAUCUCAGCUGUCGAACCUGCACCCAGUGUUGGCAUCGAGGGUCAUGCAGAAGCAAAGUGAGGUGAAAGACUGCUGGAGUCUCCUCCAGAACGCUGUCAGGAACGAAAAGGCAACUCGAUGGCCCUCCGCCCCCUUGUUAACCAAGGAAGCCAGUGACCCUGAAACCCAAAGCCAAGAGCUGCCCGGAAGCGUGGGAAGAGACCAAGGGAGAAUUAUGGGAAAGGAGGUGAAGGAGGAACAGAAUCGUCUGAAGGGGUUUACGGGUGAGAGAGACUGUGAGCGCUUCAGUAAACCCUCAGACGGCCAAGAUGACACGCAGCAAUGUGCCGCAGAGAGCCCAGCACGCGUCAGUGCCAGCGAUUUCACCGUCAGACUCCAAACAGCAUCUGAAAGCGGGAACCCUGCGGGGCCCGAGUCCAGGGGCCACCCAGCGCUCCACACGCAACUCCAGAGAUUCUCAGUGUCUGCAGACAAGACUCUGUCCUGGCUCAAAGACAGUGUUACCAUGGCCACUCAAAUCUGCAACUUGUCCGGGCCGAGGGGUUUUGAAGCAGCCAAGAGAUGUCAGGCCACAUUGGAGCAGGACAUCCUGUCCAACAGAGAGAGAAUAGAACUGGUCAAGAGGGAGGGUCACAGUCUGGUUCGAGCUCAACACACGGGCAGCACAAAGAUCCAGGAGUUUCUGAGUCAGCUGGAGGUUUUGUGGGAGGAGCUGAAGAGAAGACAUCAGAGGAACGGACUGGUGCUGCAGGUUUCAGAGGAGCUCAACUGCAGGGUGGUACGGGUGCUGCAGUCUUUGUGCAGUCUGGAGGUGUGGCUGGAGGCGGUGGAGUUGUCCAUUAGACAGGCGUCUCUAGUGGGUGACCCAGAGUCUGUGAGCGUGGCCGAGCAGGAGAGCUGUCAGCUGGAGCGUGAACUGCAGGACAGAUGUCUGGAACUGCAGAACCUCAGACAGGAAGUGCAUCAUCUGAGCACUCAAAGACACCUGCACACUCAGCUGCUACCUGCACGCCUCAGAGAUGUCGAGGAAAAGUUCAGCAGUGUGCAGGCAGGACUGACCCAGAAGAGCUCUGAACUGAAGGACACUCGGAUGCUCACAGAGUUCCUGGAGAAGGUGGAACUGGAGGAGAGCAACUGCAGCACCCUUGGAGAGCCCCUGUGUGGAGAUCUGGACUCAGGACCUUCUCUUCUGGGCUCACCCGGGAAUGGACACGAUGAACCCCUAAUGGAGAGCGUUGGGAACCCUGUGGAGGAGCUCCGAGAAGCUGUGGAGAUGCUGAAUGACACGGCGAGGGAGAGAGGCCGCUCGCAGUCACAUGACCAGAGCAUCCAGGAACUCCUCAGCAGGCAUUCCAUGUUGUCCGUACGGGUGGAGCAGUGUCUGCAGCGUUGUGCGGAACUCACCGAAGACGUGCUGGAGAUGGAAAGUGAGAUGGCCGUCAGAUGUGAGCCGGAUCGCUGCGGACUGGAUAGACUGCAGGAGUACCAGGACAAGCUGGAGGCAGAAUACAAGGUGUUGAAGGUGGAGAUGGAGGCUGUGGAGAAUCUGGCUGGUCGUUUGACAGAUGUGUGUCCAGAGAGAAUGCACACAGUGCGGAGAGACACACAGAGCAGCCUGUACGGCUGGCAAGAGCUCAACAAGAGUUUGGCUGAAAACAGGAGGAGACUUUUGCAGUCUGACCAGCUGCGGCAGUUCUUCAGAAACUACCUGGCAAUGAUCUCUUGGACAGAAGACACCCGCUCCUGUAUUUUCUCAGAAAGCGCUCUGCGUCAGAGCCGAGAGAAUCAGGAACCAUUGGUUGAGGUUCUGGAUCGGCAGAUAGAACAGAAGUUUGAGGAGUUCGAUCAACUCACUGUCACUGGAAAGAAGCUCUUUGAUGACAAACACCAUCUGAACAAAAUGAUCCAAGAGAGGAUGGAAGAGCUCAGAAGCAUGCUGGGAUGGAUCCUGGUCCAUUGGAGGGCUCAGAAGGAUCAGCUGUUGACCAGACAUAGAGCUGAGGAAGCCCACACAGAUGCCAUUUAUUCAGAAGCUACAGUGUGCACAGUGCAUCCACAGCUGGAAACCUCGCCAGAAGACUCUCAGAAGAAAUUAGAGAGCUUAAGUGCACUUCCUGCUGACCUGGAGGAUACUUUUCAGCACAGCGAUGGAUACGAGGUGAUGAUGAGCGUCAGUCCAAGAGGAAGUGAUGUCAGCAGUAACAUAGAGAGGCCUGAGUCACCCUACCUGAUGAUGAAGGAACCCAGUUCUCCGAGUCUAGGGGGCACUGUUAACCUCAUCCUCAGCUUCAGUAACUCUGGAGACACACAAGUCCAGGUACAGGAGCCUGGUAGGAAGGGUGGCAUACCGGUGCCCGAGCCUGUGCACAGGGUAAGUACUUACUUACAUGUUACGGACAACAACACAGCAAUAGCCCCAGUCUAUGAGAGUAUGACGCUGCCCAGAAGCAAAACCCAGUGGCCCUCCUCCUCUCCCAGGACCUCCCCAUACUCUUUUUCCUCCCCCUGUAACUCCCCAAACUCCUCAUCCUGCAAUGAAGAAGCCCUCAUGCGGGCCAACAAUUCCCUUCACCUGCUUCCAAAGAGUGGCAACAUCUCAAUCUUCAGCAGCCUGAAGAGGAAGAAAAAGAAAAAGAAAGAUGACCAUAGACACACCAUUCAGAAGAUCAUGGGAGAGGAGCCGUCAGAGGAGGCCAGUAUGCCACCUGUAUGUGAACCAGCGACAUACAAUACAAACACUUGGCCUCUGAAGAAAAGGAAAAAGGGAAAAAAUGCAAGGAAACCAAAGAGCGAUGGGAUCCAGGUCUUGGACUACAUGAAGAACCCAUUGGUGCAAGACAUAGAUGCAGAAUGUUCUCGAGAGGUUGGAUCUCCAGUAGAACACCUCAAAAUUACCACCCAAGGAAAUGUGAAGAACCACUGCAGGUUCCUCUCGUUGGGGUCGGUCUUAAGCUUCGACCUGCCCAAGGACAUGAGCCUCAUUCCUAGCGUUCAAGAUGUCAUUACAAUUGGAUCUGCUAAGCCAAAGACAGAUCCUCAUCACCAGGACUCUCAUGCCGAGCGUCCGACAGAUCUGUGCACCUUCAAAUUAGCUCGUUCACCCCCAAUGCAAAAAGAUGAGCCAAAGCACACGUCUCCAGGUGUAAUGACUCUUAGGAUUGACUGUAAAGAUGCUAAAAAUAUCAGCGUUGAAACUGUCUCAUUUACUGAAGAAAAUGUUCCUCCUCCACCUUCUCCAGUCAUUGAGGACAUCGCCUUUGACAGGAACCACUCCUCUUUAUCCAGUGAUCUGAUAGAUGUCCAACUGAAAUGUCUCUCUGGGAUCAGUAGACUUCCCAAAGAAGAAGAGAAUAAUUUGGACACAAUGCCAACUCAUCUUGACCACAAAGAGGACCACACUGUAAGUCCUCCAGAACAUACAGGCCAAGGCAUAGCCAACCACAGUCACAGCUUAACUACUGCAGAGAUUCGUGUCCUAUGCCCCAGUGUCCAUACUUUGAUUCACAAUCUUAAUGGACACGUGUUCCACAAGGCAGUCAAGACUUUAAGUUCUCAACCAUUGAGAGACAGUCCCAACCCACCUCAGAAUCAAGCAUCUAACAGAGUUCUUAACUUUAGAGCCAAUGAAAUGGAUGACUCUAUAGACUCUGGACACUCUAGCUCUGGAAGCUUCAAGAUAUGUGCCGAGGGUCCGUUCCUGGAAACCUCAGAGUGUCCAGUGUCCAAGAGGACAAUGGCAAAGGUGCCAUCACUUGAGGCUGAAGUCUCCAAGAAGAAUUUAGAGUGCUCCAUGCAAAAGAACCUUGCAUUAGCUAUUGAUGAUACUGUCCACCCUGACCACCAACAGUUUGAGCAAGAAGAGGAGGAGCUGGAGGACAUCUGGAACCACACCAACAGCUACCGACAGAGUGUAAGUUCAGACAUAAUGUAUAACGGCUAUCAGACUUUGCCAGAAAGCUCCUCUCCAGACCAGGAUAGGGAAGCGUCGCCCAAGGAACAAGCUGUACUCUUCAGGAAGUUGAUUACUGCCUCUGCACCUGAUCUUCUUGUGGCAGAGUUCAGAUUGCCAUCAUCUAUCCAGAAUUUUGUGGGUUGUGGGAAGCAGCAGGAUGCAAAGGAAGAAGCUUGUGUUCUGGACAAUGGGGACAGAAGGUCUUGGGCUGCAUUAACUCAACAAGAAAAGGUGUACAAACAGGUGGCUGUUAAUGAAACAGCUUCAGAUCCUGUUAAAAUGCCAGAAAUCGAGGAGUAUAUCUACCAUUAUACAGAGGAGGAGGAAGAUGAGGAGAAGGAAUCAGGGUUUCUGGAGGACCCAUCCAUGAGCCGCCUGUCAGUUCAUAUGGGUUUGGAGACGGAUGACUCUGAUAUCCAGAGUGUGAGGCAAGAACUGCCAUCUAUGGAAGGUACACUGGAGAGGAAGCAUAAACUACAGCUUGGCGGAAAGAAAGCCCUGUGCAGAACAUGGAACUCUUACCAUGCCGUCUUGUACAAACAAACAAUGUGUUUCUAUGAAGACCAGAAAGAUGCACUAAGGAGCUGUGCGACCAGCCUGCCUUUGAAUCUAAUCGGAGCAGUAUGUGAGCCAUCACCAGAGUACACUAAAAAACCCAACUGCUUCUGCUUGAGAUUGCGUGACAAAUCCGAAUAUCUUCUAAGUGCCUCCUCGCGAUUUAUGAUGAAGAAAUGGAUCCUUAGAAUCCAAGCGCACACUGUGCUUUGUGAAUCUGGAGUAAAUAGAUCAACAUGUCACGGGCCCUCAGCACAAACUCAUCUCCCCAGACAUUCCCCAUCUCUCAGAGUCUGUCAGUGUGCAGAUAAAUGUCUCUGCUCCAUGAGAAGUUAUGUCAGCUCCACCGUUUUAGCACAGAGUCAGUCUGCCUCAGGAAGAACCAAAGAAAUUAUCGUCCACACCACUGACGGUUUACAGAUAGAUAGGAGGCAUCAGGACCUGGUGCUCACCUCAUCCUCCGGUGCAGGCCAUUGUGAGGAUGAGUUUGACUCUCAUGGUGAAUCUCUGAGACACAAGCUGUCCGCUGUGUCCUCCAUUCAGGGAUGGACCAGUGAAAAGAGACGCUCGCACUCCUUUACCUCAGCCACAUACCAGAGGAUAAAGCCUGUAUUAGCGCCACCUACAGGCAGAGGUCAGGACAACAGCCCCAGUUAUUCUGUCACUUUAUUCAUUGGAGAUCGAGAGGUGACGUCAGUCUGUACAAACACUGUGAUGGAUCAGACAAACGGCGUCAGCCAGGAGUCGAUCUCUGAGCUUCCUCUACGGAGCUACACGAACCUCCCGCGACCACGGAACAAAUCCGUCUUUAGGAAGUUCUUCGGGAAAAAGGAGUGACUGAUGCUGCAAGAGAAACACUGACUGUCAUGUGCAGGACACACAUUUGAAGCUUCUUAAAAAGCUUAUUUUUUCAUAUAUUUAUGGAUCAGAUGGCAAGAACCAUUUUUUUUUUUCAUCGUUUUAUAGUUUUAAAUGAGAAAUCGUAUUUUUGUGGUGCUGAAAGUUUCAGAGCUCCAACUUUAAUUCUCACUUUAUCAGCCUUUUUAUAUUGGACUCCCAAUAAUAAAAGAUUCUGUCAUUGUUUGCUGGCUCUCGUGAUGUUCCUAUGUCUUCUGUAGAACACACAAGGAGAUGCUAGGCAGAAUUUUAGUCUCAGUCACCAUUUACUUUCAUUGUGUGGAGAAAAGGUGCAAUGGAAAUGAAUGGUGACUGAAGCAAAAUGUUUGCUUAACAUCUCCUUGUGUGUUCUACAGAAGACAGAGAGUCAUACAGGUUUGGACCAACAUGAGUAAACAACAUAAACUAUCCCUUUAACCUCGACAUCGUCCCAUGCUGAAAUGGCUUGGCAGAAACUGUAAGCUUGUGAAUGAGUUGCUGUGGCCGGCUGACAGCCGUAAUGUUCUGCAGUAAUUCAUCUACUGAUAAGAGACUUUUGAUACCUAAUACGUUCAAUGUUCCCACCAAAUUCCUUCUGAGGUGGUCCACUCUGUUUUUAAUGUAUGUGUUGAUGCUUUUCCAUUUUUACCGUGGAUUGUUGUUUAUGCUUGACGAUUUCAACAUGUCUAUUGUUUUAUUUUUUCUCAUAUUAUUUGUCUGAUGUUUUCUAGCGUUGAUCUUCGGUUGCUGCCAGAAGUCUUAAAGGGAUAGUUCACCCAAAAAAAGAACAUUCCAUCAUCUUUUACUCACCCUAUUGUCGUUCCAAACUCAUUUUUGGGUUAACUAUUUCUUAAAGGAAUGUUCCGGGUUCGGUACACGUUAAGCUCAAUUAACAGAUGUCAGAAAUCAUUUUGACUCCUCCCACUUUUAUAACAAAAGAGCACAAAUCUGGGUUACAGUGAGGCACUUACAAUGGAAGUCAAUGGAGGCCAAUUGGUAAACGUUAAAAUACUCACCUGUGACCACAAGACAUAAACGAUACAUGUGUUAACAUGAUUUUAGUGUGAUAAAAUAGCCAAAUAUCCUUUUCUGUGUAUGGCAACUGGGGUAUUAGCUAUAACAAUUAGCAAUUUUAUUGUGCUAAAAUCAUGUUAACAUGUAUAAUGUUUACAGUAUGUGACUAUACUUUUGUAACAAUGUAUAUAAUAGCUUGUAUGGCCGAGCCUCAUUCAAUUACAUUGUAUAUGCAUUGCUAUAACCACUUUUCUUUUUAAUAAACGAGAGUCAAAGUGAUCGUGUGUGUGUGUGUGUGUGUGUGUGUGUGUUGACAUUACGUCACGAAUGCUGUUUGAUCGAUCUUAACUUGUAUUGAACCCACAAUAUCCAUUAAAACAAGCGUGUUUCCAGACUCCAUAUGAUUCAGACUUCACUGACUAAUUGUAGCGUUGUUUCUGUAUUUAAACUAAUGCAGUGUGUCAUGUGAGUUUCAUCUUUUGUUCUUUCUUUUUUUUUAGCUUUUGUACCGUUUGAGUCAAAUGUAUCAUAAACCAGAAACAAUGCUUUCAGACCUGAAUGUUUAUUUCAGUCUUUCCACGCAAUUUAUUAGACGAUGGAAAUCAUUUUAGGACUAUGAUGAUACAUUUGGUUUGUGGGGAAAAAAGUAGCUGUAUUGUGCAUGAAGAAAAUAAUGGUAUUACGGCAGUUUGAAAUGGCUGUUGACUGUUGCAGAAAAAUGCAAAUGAGCACAUUGAAUAUUUGCAUUAUGGCAUUUUGGUUACAUAACAUCAGUCAUGCCAAAGCAGAUAUACUGCACUGGUUAUGUGCCAUAUUAUUGAGCAAUAUGUGUUUGUACUAUGGCUGAGCAACAUAGCUUAAAAAUUGGUUUUAUGUAGUUAUUUGUUUUACCUUUUGAUGGUAUAAAAUAUAUAUUGUUAAUAAAAAAUCAAUCGGAG